CGUUCCAAUUAUCCUUCAUAUAAGCAGUUACAUGUCGUGAAUUCCGCCAUUUAGCCUUGACCAUGCAUUGGUUCCCUUUCCUUCUACUCCUCCUCAUCGGCGGUGCGUCUUGUGACGACUACGUCGACGAGGUCCAAGGCCAGUGUUACUCCAACCCGAAAUCUUCCUCCUGUGCCAAAUACCAAUUUGUGAAAUACAUCGACGACUACCGUCCUCACGAGUGGAGUUUAACACGCGAAGUGAAACUUAUUUCGAUACCUGGUGCUAAUGUUAGUGCUAUCCAUGCUGGGAGAUACCUGGAGACCGACACCGAAGGGGUGAAAUUGUUCAAGUAUUUGAAACGAAGAGUGGCGAAGUUUGUACGAGAGCAAGGGUUGGCGGUGGAUUUGCCUGAAGGAUCGCAAGUGGUUGAUGUUGAUACAGUCGGAUCCGGUAGAAAGAAGAAAGAAAAGAAACAAAUCAUCCUUCCUAUCUUGAUCUUGAUCAAACUUUUCAAAGUCAAGAUUUUGGUAACUUUGGCUUUGGCCGGGAUUAUCUUCAUCAAGAAAAUGCUUCUGGUAGCGGCUUUCGUCUUGCCGGCAGUUGUGGCAUCGAUUAAAGCCCAUUGUAAAGCACAACAGUUCCAUGUGGUACCAUACAACGUCCAUGAGGACCAUUACACCCACGACCAUGAGCACGAUGACGAUGGGUACGCGAUUUCGUCAUAUGGGAGCGACGACAAACAUUUCUGGGACAAGAAGAGGUAUUCAUUUCUAUAAUGGAUUAUGAAAAAUGGGAGGCGAACUAACGGUUGCCACUUUUUUCAAUGACUAGUCCUGUAAUUUAUUAAUCCCAAAGACGGACCACUCAAAAAGAAAAAGUUGAAGAUUGAAAUUUUACCGUAACAAAAAAAUUAUAAUUGGAUGGACAAAUCGGACAUAACUUUUUAUUUAUUUAUAAAAAACAGUACAAGACUGAAUAAUACUAACACUUAUUUAUUGUUUAACUUAAUUUAUUGUAAACUUAUCUGAAUAUAAAAUAAUAAAUCUUUACAAUAUGUAGGUUA